AUGGCGGACCGACGCUUCCAACAGAAGCUGCCUGAUACAUUGGCGGUGAGGAGACCGCUCAACCCCAAAGACGAUUUCUACGAGUGCUCAAUUUGUCCCUGUGAGGAGGAAACUAUACAGCCUCCCGUUGAGACAUAUCAUAUACCAGGCCCAAAGGUCCAAUACAGUGGAGAGGAAAAACCAGAAGUGCUCAAAGAUGCUUCAGAAAAAGCGGACAAAUUGCUAAAUGAAGACAUAGAGAACUCCAAUCAGCAACCUAGCGACGAUGAUUUUUCAGAUAAUGAACCUGAGCCGCCUGAAAUCGAAACGGUUAUAGUCGAUAUGAGUGAUGUCGAUAUGGCUGAAGUAGAAAGAAUCAACGAAGAAAUGACUAAAGCCGAAUCAGACGACAACGAAACGGUAGACAACGAAAGUGAUAAAAACGAGACCAGUGAAGACGAUAUAGAUGUUGCAGGGCCAAGUGGACUACAAACAAGGGCGCCAAGACUGGCACGCGAGCAAGAAUUGAUAAAAAAGACAGCCACGAAUUACAUGACCCUUUCCUCGAGCUCGGCACAUUCUUCAGAAAUUAUAGUGUUAUCUACAGACACCGACUCAAAAACCAGUAACGACCCGUUAGACGAAGAACCGCAGAAUUUGCUUGAAAAGCUUGUCGAAGCGAUCGACGCACCGAAAGGAAACGUGAACUUAGAAGUGAACGAGGAAGAUGGGAGAUACAGGAAAGAGGUGGACGGCGACUACUACCAGCGACUAACGACGGCGGCUUCUGAGACUCCAGCUGUCCCCUACAAACAAUUCCCUGAAAUAAUAAACUGGACAAACUCUAGAGUAAACCGCCCAUUACCGAAAAGUCAAUGGGGGCCGAAAUUAAGAACUCUAGAACUCACGAAUGAGUCUUACAGGGAACUCGUAGCCUCUAUGGAAAAUAUUCUUCGUAGAUUAUUAAUUAGUGUAAAUUACGAUUCCAUAAGCAACUUCUUGGAGUUUCAUAAUUAUACUCAAAAUGUAAAUGCAAGUAGCUCGCUGUAUGAGGCAUAUCAGAGUUUCUGA